GAACCGAAGAAGAAGCCAAUUUCGUGUAAAUGCGCUUCGUUUGAAUCAAUCGAAAAUAGUCGAAUUAACAAUUAAAAGUGUCCUACUAAAUAGUUGAAAUUCUCUGCUUCAUUCGUGGUCCAUCUAGUAAGGAAAAGGUGUCGUUCGUAUCCCGGAACAAGCGGAUCGAAAAUUUGCAGGCACAUACAAAAAAAAAGUGCUCUGAAUCACCACUCUGAUUGGUAGAAUGUUCCCGAGCAGCGAUAAUCUUGCGGGUCUGGUGGCCGGAAUACUGCUUCUGCUGUUGACCUUUGGAGUCCGGAACAGCAGCCAGCAGAACGACGCGAACGACUACAUGAAGCGAGAGCAUUCGCUGUUCAAACCGUACCAGGGUUCGGGAAUGACCAUUCCGUACUGGGACUUUAUUGGGUCAACGUUCGUCACGAAUAGCUACAUCCGGCUGACGCCGGAUCUGCAGUCCAAGAGUGGAGCCAUCUGGAAUCAAAUGCCUUGUACCUCCAUCAACUGGGAAGUGCAUGUAAACUUCAAGGUUCACGGUAAGGGCAAGGAUCUGUUCGGGGACGGUUUCGUCAUUUGGUAUGCCAAGGAUCGUCUGCAGACGGGGCCGGUGUUUGGCAGCCGGGACGCUUUUCUAGGACUAGGGAUCAUCCUGGAUACGUACAGUAAUCAUAAUGGACCACACAAUCAUCAACAUCCGUAUAUCAGUGCGAUGGUGAACAACGGCAGUCUCUCGUACGAUCACGAUCGAGAUGGUACUCACACACAGUUGGCAGGCUGCGAGGCCAAGUUCCGCAACGUGGAUUACGAUACGCUAAUAAGCAUCAGAUAUGAAAAUGAUGUUCUUACUGUGUCCACUGACCUUGAGAACAAGAAUACGUGGAAGCAGUGCUUCCAGGUGACUGGAGUAAAACUUCCUACCGGUUAUCACUUUGGCCUUUCGGCAACGACCGGCGACCUUUCGGAUAACCACGAUCUGUUGGCCAUCAAAUUCUACGAACUGGAAGCACCAGCCUUGCUGGCGGAAGAUCGUAGCCGCAUCAUCCCAUCGGCGGAAACAUUCGAAGCCCCACGGGAGCACAAGGAAGACCUGAAACAGGGCAGUAUGUCGAAUGUGAAAAUCUUCUUCCUCAUCCUGCUGGCCAUGCUGAUCGUCGUGGUGCUGGUCGUAAUCGGCAUCAUGUUCUAUCAGAAGCAUCAGGAAAAUUCCCGGAAACGGUUCUAUUGAGGAACAGCACAACAACAGGGCACACAGCGUCAUCACGGUGGAAACAGCUUUAAAAUACCAAAAUUUCAUUUGUUUUCUGGGCAGCCACUGGCGGUGGGGAGCGAGCUAGAGUUUCAUUUUCUUGGUCAGGAUUUAUUUCUGUUGUGGAGAUGGCAUAACAUUUAGCUACAUAAUAUUAAUAGUAGUGAUAAAAGCGAGUGCAUUUUUUUAACUAGACAAACUUCAGUUGAAACGACAAGCAUAAAAGAGAGACAUGAUUACAAGUGACAGUCUGUUGUAAAUCUUCAAUCCUAGAUAAAGAAAAAAAAGUAACUGCUAUAAUA